UCCCUCUGCCUGCUGCGAAUUUUGUGGGGCGUCCUCUCGAUUGCUACCCCCACCCUCGUAAUUUCGCCAAACACCUUCUUCGUCUGCUGCUCGCGGUCGCCAUGCCGGACGACCUCGCCGAUGACCUCGAGAGCAUGAGCUUCGGCUCGUCGGACCGCUCCGGCUCCUCCGCCCUCUCCACCCUCUCCGGCUCCCUCUCCUCCUCCUCCUCCUUGUCCGGCACCAUUCACAAGUCCCGCCCCACCGGCGACCCCGUCCUCGACGCGGUCCGCCGGCUGAAGUCCUCGUCGGCGCCACCCGCCGGCGGGGGCGACCUCCUCUCGAUGUCCGAUCUGAGGUUCGUGCGGCGGCUGGGCAGCGGGGACAUCGGGAGCGUGUACCUGGCGGAGCUCAAGUGCGCGGGGGCCGAGGGGCUGCUGCUCGCGGCCAAGGUGAUGGACAAGAAGGAGCUCGAGGGUCGGAGCAAGGAAGGUCGGGCCCGGACGGAGCGGGAGAUCCUGGAGUCCAUCGACCACCCCUUCCUCCCCCGCCUCUACGCCUGCGCCGAGAACGACCGCUGGUCCUGCCUCCUCACCGAGUUCUGCCCCGGCGGCGACCUUCACGUCCUCCGCCAGCGCCAGCCCGGCAAGCGCUUCGACGACGCCGCCGUCCGGUUCUACGCGUCGGAGGUGGUGGUGGCGUUGGAGUACGUCCACAUGAUGGGCAUCGUGUACAGGGACCUGAAGCCCGAGAACGUCCUCGUGCGCGCCGACGGCCACAUCAUGCUCACCGACUUCGACCUCUCCCUCAAGUGCGACUCCGCCACUCCCACCGCAGCGCAGAUCGUCUCCGACCAGAACCCGCUCCCCCUCCCGCCCCAGUCAUCCGCCGCCGGCGCAGGCGGAGGCGAGUUCUCCGCCGCUUCCUGCAUCCUCCCGAGCUGCAUCGUGCCUGCGGUCUCCUGCUUCCACCAGCCCAGGCGCAAGCGCAAGAAGAAGCCCGGCCGCCGCGGACCGUGCCUCGAGUUCGUGGCCGAGCCGGUGGACCUCCGGUCCAUGUCCUUCGUGGGGACGCACGAGUACCUCGCACCGGAAAUCGUCUCCGGGGAGGGGCACGGCAGCGCGGUGGACUGGUGGACCCUCGGCGUCUUCGUCUUCGAGCUCCUCUACGGCGUGACGCCCUUCAAGGGCCCCGACAACGAGCUGACGCUGGCCAACAUCGUGGCCCGGGCGCUCGAGUUCCCCAAGGAGCCGGCGGUGUCGGCGUCGGCGAGGGACCUCAUCGCGGGACUUCUGGUGAAGGACCCGGAGCGGCGGCUCGGCUCCACGAUGGGCGCGGCCUCGAUCAAGCGCCACCCCUUCUUCAACGGCGUGAACUGGGCGCUGCUACGGUGCGCACAACCGCCGUACGUGCCGCCGCCGUUCAGCCUCGUGGGUCUAAGCCGGGACGCCUCGGACGACAGUUGUCCGGGCACGCCGGUGGAGUACUACUGAGAUGAAACCCCAUCCUAGAAAAGUUUUGGUCAACGCUAGGGGUAGGUCAGAGGCUUGGGGUGUUCACGUGGAUGCGUGGUAGUCAAAGCGGUCAAAGGGCAAAGGAACCGGCCACCGACACGCGUCGGUGUUCCGGGUCGGGUUUCGACCAGUCGAGGGGUCUUUUUGCUGGGUGGUGGCCACCGACGUGCAUUGUUUGGGCGGUAGGGAAGGGGGGAGGCCGGUUUUGUUGAUCCACUCUUUAAGCUUUUAGAUUAUAUAUAUAGAUA